AGUGAGUAUUAUAUAAAGCCACUCUCUGCCGUCGUCCCCUUCGCAUACCCCGAUCAAACCUGCACACACGCACACACCCGGAGAUGACGAAGGUGCCGAGUGGGCGUCUCUGCGCGGCAAUAAUGAUCGCCGUCUUCCUCUCUGCCGCCGCCGGAGACUCGGAUGAGUGUGUGUACACGCUGUAUGUCCAAACAGGGCAAGGCGUAAAAUCAGGCACGGACGCCAAGAUCAGCGUAAUCCUAGGCGAUUCCAAGGGUCGAUCGGUGUGGGUCCCGGACCUCGAGGCCUGGGGCCUAAUGGACCAGAAGCACGACUACUUCGAGCGGGGCAACCUGGACAUCUUCACCGGACUGGGCCCAUGCAUCGGCAAGCCACUGUGCCGCCUCAACAUUACCUCCGAUGGGUCGGGGAAACACCACGGCUGGUUCUGCGAGUACAUCGAGAUCACCUCCACUGGGCCCCACAAGGACUGCAGCCAGACCAUCUUCUACGUCGACCAGUGGCUCGCCACUGAUGCUCCGCCGUUCCAGCUGACGGCGGUGCUGGAUGGGUGUGGCAGACUCGGCCAGGGGGAGACUGGGCCGUUUGCCGUGGGUCGGCCCGCUGGGUCUGCCUCGGAAUAAUUUGGGCCCUCGUAGGAAUUUGAACGGUUUGAGUUUUUGUGCUUUCUUGUAGUGUGAUAUCGGAGCUUUUAAGUUUUAUCAGGGAGUAUUCCCUAUUCCGUUUGGCUACGUAUAAUUUAGUAUGAUUAAAUAAAUCUGUAUAAUUUACUAUGAUUAAAUAAAUCUGUUUAAAACUUGUUAUAAUAUUUAAUUUUUAUUAAA